UCCGGCCCCGCCGCCGCCACCCGGCCGCCUUUACCCCCCCCCCCCUCCCCGCUCGCCCUUCCGGGCCCCGCUCCGCUUCCGGGUUGAGGCGGCCGGGGCCGCUCUGCGCCGCGUCUCGAUGGUGCGGUCCGCCCGGCCCCGCGAGUUAUCAGCCUGUCUCUUUCGUCUGGUGGUGAGGUAAAGCCACGUGUUCCCGUGGGACUUUAAACUUCCAGGUGUGACGUUUCGUGUGGCCAGAUGUAAGGCGGUGUGCAGGCUCGCUUAAAAACAUAAUUUGUUAAUGCAGUCAUGUCUGAAAAAGACAACGGUGAAAAUCUGGAAGAGGAAGCUACUUAUGAAGAUGAAAAUGAACAAAAGCCAGGAGAACGUGGCCACGUUGAGAGCAGCAAAGAAAAAGAGCAAGAGCCUGUGCCUAUGACUCGGAAAAGACCUGAACCCAAACCCCCAAGUCAGUCUGCUGCCACAGAAAAGUCCACUGCUGACACCCCCAAGGUCUCGGAUUCUCCUGCAGCUCAGACAGGAUGGGGGUACUGGGGAAGCUGGGGGAAAUCUCUUCUGUCAACUGCAUCUGCCACAGUAGCUACUGUUGGUCAAGGUAUUUCAAAUGUCAUAGAAAAAGCAGAAACAACCCUUGGGAUCCCCAGUCCUAGUGAAAUUUCUUCGGAGACCAGAGAUGCUACAAGAGGAGGUGAGAAUUCUGAUGAUAACAGUGCAGAUGAGGUUGCUGAUGGCAGUUCCUUUCCUAUUGCUGGAGCUCUUGGUGUUUUAUCAACCAUCUCUACUGCUGUCCAAAGCACAGGGAAAAGUGUGAUUAGUGGAGGUCUAGAUGCCUUGGAAUUCAUCGGGAAAAAGACAAUGGAUGUGAUAGCUGAGGGAGACCCUGGAUUCAAAAAAACAAAGGGCCUAAUGAACAGAAACUCUACGUUAUCUCAGGUCUUACGAGAGGCAAAGGAGAAGGAAGAGCAGCAGACAGCUACUGAGGUUACCAUGGCUACGGAGAAGAAAGCCCAUUAUGGAUUACUGUUUGACGAGUUUCAGGGUCUUUCGCAUCUGGAGGCCUUAGAGAUGCUUUCCAAAGAGAGUGAAUCAAAGGUGAAAUUGGUUCUAAGUGCCCUCUCUGGCGAAGAGUUGGACACGCUAAAGGAGGAAAUGGAGCAACUCAAAGAAGCGUUUUCUUUAGCUGAAUUCUUUGAAGAAGAAGAGGAAGAAAAGAAGGGAGAUGAGGAGUUCACGAAGGAAGUAACAGAGCUGUUUUCAGAAUUGCAUAUCUCCACAAAGCCGGACAAACUGAUCACGGUGAGGACAUCUGCUCAUGAAUGGAUAGCGCAAUUCAACAGUAGUCUUCCAAAAGAAGAAAAAGAGAGUGAAGACAACCAAGAAGUAGAAGCUGGAGAUGGUGACCAUGAUGCUAAAAAAUCAGUGGAGGAUAUCCAUGCAUUUGCCAUUAGAAGCCUGGCGGAACUGACAGCAUACUCCAUUGAAAUGUUUCACAAAACUGCAGCUUUGUUCCUUCAUGGUCAGAAAGAAGAGGUGACUGCCACAGACAGAGCCAAGUCGCUUUCACAACUGACGAUUGUGCUGUGUAAAGAACUGUCAACUUUCUCUAAAGAGUUCACUACAUGCUUAACAGUUGCAGGGGUCAAAGAGAAAGCAGAUGUGCUUAAUCCCUUGAUCACUGGAGUGUUUUUGGAGGCUUCAAACAGUGCUUCAUAUAUCCAAGAUGCCUUCCAGCUCUUGCUGCCUGUACUGCAGAUCUCUCUUGUUGAGGCUAGAACGGAACUAUCACAGCAAUAAAAAUCCUUCUAAUUAAGAACUUUCGACCUUCCCACUUCGUAUUUUCCAUGCUGGAGAAUGAUGUAAUGGCUGAUAUUAAAGGGAAAAAGAUUAACUGAUCACUGCUACUGCAAGAACAGUGAUUAAGUGCAGUCUGGCAAUGACAGCUCUUAGAGCUCGUUGAGAAAUGUGAUUAGCAUAGUCCAGGCUGGUGGACAACGUGACAGACUUUACAAUGCAGACUGCUUCCCUGUUUUCAUAGACUGUAUCUUUUCACUGAAAUCCCUGUGCUGUAUGUGUUAACAAGCUCUUUGGAGAAGCUCUCUGGACUGUGGAGACAAUGCUGGAGAAAAGAGCAGCAGCUGGCUAGUUAAAGAGUUAGCUAAAGUCAUGGUGUGAUUUUUAAGUCAGACAUAAUUAGGCUCCUGAAAGCUCUGCGUUGAAGUGAACUUUGGAUUGGAGAUGCAAGAAAAGGCUAAAGUUUAUGAUUAUCACCCUUGCAAUUUCCAGGCUGGAAAGAAUAGAACGGAGAGGAUGCCUUAUGGAGCUGUUGUUGCUGAAGAGAAGCCCCAGCUUCCUAAAGGUGUCUGCUAAUGACUCAGGGAUGUGGGACUGGGACUCUCACUAGGGUGCUGUUACUCAUCCUCUUGCAGAAUGCUUGCUUCAGCAUGAGCUGGAAAAAUGCUGAUCUGGCCCUAAGAAUGUGGGUACUUUGCUUUAUAGCAAUAAAUGAGAACUGGCUAAAAA